AUGGAUCAUGCCCUUCUCUUUAUGUUCUUCUUCGUCCCCAUAUUCAUUGUUUCCUUCGAUUUCCUUUCCCAGUUAGCACCAUCAUCAUCCUCUUUCCUCAUUUAUCAUCUCCACGUGGGACUAACAGUUGUGGGCAACCAACUGAUAGCCAUUGGUGGCUUCGACGGUGCGAGCUACCUCAAGUCCGUUGAGGUCUACGACCCCGAGGCUGCCUGUUGGCGUGUUCAGGGCAAUAUGAAUUCUCGUCGCCUCGGUGGUGGUGUUGGGGUUGUCCGCAUGGCCAGUUUCAGUCGUCCCGGGGACUAUCUAUACGACGUUGACAGCUUCGAACGCAUUUCCAAUGCCCUUUCUCUUUCAACCACCGCGUCCUCUCCAACCGCUGUCGUCACCUCGGCUCGUACCGGGCUC